AACAACAGAAUACAGAUCACAGGUUAUGUGCUGCAGCUGCACAUCAAUUUGACACAUCAAUCGAUAUCAACAUUUGCAAGUGCUACGCUGAUUGUGAAACUUGUGCCUUGUCUUGUAUUUAAUUGGAGUGCAGUAUCCAAUUGAGUUGUAAUUCUUAACCCCACACAUAAGUUUGGAUACUUAUAUUUCAUCAGUACCAAUUGAUAAAAUAAAGUUUCAUUGAAUGAUUUUAAUACUAAAAAGCAUAAAACUAUGGUCCGUGUUUUGUUUGUGCAUCCCGAUUUGGGAAUAGGAGGAGCUGAAAGGCUGGUCGUUGAUGCAGCCCUAUCUCUUCACAACAAAGGUCAUAAAGUAAGUUUCCUGACCAAUCAUUAUGAUCCAACGCAUUGUUUUGAAGAAACUCGCAAUGGAACAUUCCUUGUUCAAGCUGUCGGCGAUUGGUUACCUCGGAAGAUUUUCGGUCGUUUUUAUGCGUUUUGUGCUUAUUUUCGGAUGAUUUACGCUGCAUUCUAUGCGUCCUUGUGUUUGUCCCGCAAAGAAAAAAUCGAUAUCAUAUUCUGUGAUCAAAUCUCAAUUGGUAUACCAAUUCUAAGGCUAGCAAAGCACAAUCCAAAAAUUGUCUUCUAUUGUCAUUUUCCCGAUCAACUGUUGAGUGCCGAAGGAGGAUAUCUGAAGUCCAUGUAUAGGGCUCCCAUAAACUAUCUGGAAGAAUACACGACUAGUCUGGCAGACUCUAUUCUUGUUAAUAGUAAAUUCACUUUACGUGUAUUCCGAGAGACCUUUAAGCGGUUAGACGUGAUCCCAGAUGUGCUCUAUCCCUCGCUUAAUACGAACUUUUUCGACAAGAUGCAGCAGGAAGCCAAGAAUGAAGAAAUAACCGACAUUCCAUCAGAUGCAUUUAUGUAUUUGUCAAUUAAUCGUUUCGAGCGCAAGAAGAACCACGAACUAGCCUUGCACUCGUUUAAGUUGCUCGAGAAAUCAUUGCCUCGCAACGACUGGCAACGGUGUCGUCUAGUAAUUGCCGGAGGAUAUGACACCCUCUGCACGGAAAACCAUGUAAUUUAUGAUGAACUAGCCGCUCUAGUGACAGAGCUAGAACUCAAUAAUAAAGUCAUUUUACUUAAGUCUCCAUCCGACAUGGAGAAAAUAGCUCUUCUGAGGAAGAGUCAAUGCUUGUUGUAUACACCGGAGAAUGAACAUUUCGGAAUUGUUCCCCUGGAGGGUAUGUACAUGUCUAAGCCAGUUGUGGCACUGAACAGCGGUGGACCAACAGAAACUAUUGUACACAAUUCAACUGGCAUCCUGUGUGAAAAGAAUUCCGAAGAGUUCUCUAGGGCAAUGUGUAGUCUCUUCAAAGAUCAAAUGCUGUGUGAACGAAUGGGCGAAAUGGGCCGCAAACGAGUUCAGCAGAAGUUUUCAUUUGAAUCGUUUGGUAAUAAGAUUGAAAGUAUUAUUCGAGAGCUGCUAGAUGGUAAAACGAAAAAGAAUUAAUAGUAUGUUUUUUCGAAAUAUUUUGUAUUCCCGGAUGUAUUUUGGUUCUUUAUUAUUAAAUGAUAAUUCUCUUCA